GCCCAUGAAUAUUCAACCAACACAGUCCUGAUUGACGGCCAUCUGAAGACCAUACAUAUCAGGUAUACUUCUGAUUCAUAUCGAUUGACGCUGGCCUGCCAAUCCGGGACGACCCUACACUACGCACGUAGUCUAUGCCUCCCCUCAACCCAGCUUGGCGAUCGAUAAAUAGUUUCACCGCGGCGGAACGCUCAGCAAGGUCACUUUCCAAGUCACUCCGACUGACGUGGGUUGAUCCCUCAUCGAACGUGUGACGCCGACCUGGAUUCUGAUUUCUAAUUUGACUCUAGGCGCGCAUAAACAGCAUGCGGUUAUUGAACACGGAGACCAGAAAACUCGAAGAGUUUCUAGGUCAGGUCCCACAAUAUGCAAUACUCUCGCAUCGAUGGCGUGAUGGCGAGGUACAGUUCUCUGAUAUCGACCAGCCUCACGCCCGCAAUAUGCGAGGCUAUUCCAAGAUUGAAGGUUGUUGUAUCCAGGCUCACGAAGACGGGUAUCGCUAUGUCUGGAUAGACACUUGCUGCAUCAAUAAGAGCAGCAGCUCCGAACUCUCUGAAGCCAUCAACUCGAUGUAUAUGUGGUACAAGAAGGCCCAAAUCUGCUACACAUACCUAGACGACGUGUCCAGGUUGGAUACUCUGGAUACAGAGGACUCUACCUUCGCUAAGAGCGCGUGGUUCAAAAGAGGGUGGACUCUCCAAGAGCUCAUUGCCCCCAGCAAUGUCAUCUUUUUUUCGCGCGAGUGGGAGGAAAUAGGAAGUAAAUCUAGCUUGGCUCACUUGAUCGAGCGCAUCACGGGGAUCGAACGUCCUGUCCUGCUGACGAACCACCCGGGGGAAAUCAGUGUAGCAAAAAGGAUGUCCUGGGCUGCGCACAGGGAGACGACCCGAGUAGAGGAUAGGGCAUAUUCGCUCCUUGGUUUGUUUGGGGUAUACAUGCCUACGAUAUAUGGGGAGGGGGAAAAUGCAUUCGUCAAACUUCAGAUCGAAAUCAUGAAGAGCUCCAACGACCAAAGCAUUUUCGCAUGGAAAUCUCCCCAUGGAUACAAAACUGGUUUACUCGCUUCCUCCCCGGAUUAUUUCGCAUCGUCCUUCGACAUCGCUAGGAUUCCCUCGAAUUCGUUCGUAAAGCUUUUUCCAAGUGCUGCACCAUCCGUCAGACACCAGUAUUCAGUGACGAAUCGUGGGGUGAAUAUUCACCUACCUAUCAAGCCUACUGCAUCAGCAAAACACUUUUUUUCCCACCACCAAAAAAUGGCUGGCCACAGCUUGGUCCCUUCUGUACAGAGCUGUACAGAGCCCACAGAGGCAAAGUGAUUUGCUGAUGUGGAGACCACUAUCAUGCGUCUCUCAGCUGCUACCAUCAACAAACACCGAACGCCCCAAUUGGCUUACGCCUCCAACCAGUCGAAGGUCAACCGGACCAAC